UAGUGAGUUGGAUAGCUAAAGAUAGACGGAGAUCAUCGGGUAACUCGCUCUCCCCGCCAUGGGCCCAGCCUCCCGGCAUGACGGCGUCUCUCCACACGCGGCCUCCGCUGCUUCAGACAUCAUCGGCGCCAUCAACGCCAGUCGACACAACUACUCUUCCACGCUGCCUGAUGCCACUGAUCCGCAGUCUUACUCUCUCGUGGCCCCAUCAAUCCCAUCAGCUCCCUCGCUCAAUAGCGUCGCCCUGAACGAUCCAGGCCAGCUUCUACAGCUAUCGAGUUCCAGACCCGUCGCCAUGGGUGGAGAAGCUGUCUCCCGAGCUCCCAGCUCCUUGCCCAAGCUGGCGGAGCGCCCUGUCGGUCAGCACAUCACCAACAUCUAUCGCGAUCGUCUCCGUCAAUUCACCUCAGGUGGACAGUAUCAGGGACAGAACCUCGUUUCCAAGUACUUCGAAGCUGUCAAUUCUGAUGAAGACCAUGUUAAGCUCUCCGUGUACUCCGUACCGGACCUGCAGCGUCCGCCGUUCGAGGAGGCCGUCAAGCAUGAGUUCAAGCCUACUCAUAUCGGUGCCUCCUUCGGCCCCAGCUGGUCGACACAUUGGUUCCGUAUCCGAUUGACCAUUCCAGAGGACAUGCGUGAUAAAGAGCGUCUUGAAUUUCACUGGGAUGCCAAUAAUGAAGGUCUGAUCUGGACGGAAAACGGACAUCCGCUGCAAGGUCUGACUGGUGGCGGUGAACGAGUCGAAUGGAUCAUUCCCGACGCCUGGCGCGAUGGGAAAGAACAUGUGUUUUAUAUCGAAAUGGCGUGCAAUGGCAUGUUUGGUAACUCAGCUUCGGACAGUAUCCAGCCUCCUAGUCCGGAUAGGUACUUUACCCUGCACAAGGCACAGAUCACGGCAGUCAAUCUUGAAGCGCGGGCGCUAUAUUAUGAUUUCUGGAUUAUCGGAGAUGCCGCUAGGGAAUUUCCCGGCGACUCAUGGGAGUCCCACGAAGCGCUGAUGGUUUGUAACGCAAUCAUGGAUACGUUCAUUGCGGGCAAUGGGAGUCAGGAAUCCAUCAAGAAAGGCAGACAGAUCGCCCAGAAAUACUUGGGUGAUAAAGUCGACUCAUCUGAGGUCUAUGAGACCGACAAGGAACCUAUUGUCUACGCAAUCGGACACUGCCACAUCGAUACUUGCUGGCUAUGGCCCUGGGCAGAGACAAAGCGUAAGGUUGCUCGUUCCUGGUCGAAUCAGUGCGAUUUGUUGGAUCGCUAUCCGGAGCACCGUUUUACCUGUUCCCAGGCACAGCAGUAUAAAUGGCUGGAGCAGUACUACCCCUCUGUAUUCGAUCGGGUGAAGAGCUACGUGAAGAAGGGACGUUUCCAGCCAAUUGGUGGCAGUUGGGUCGAGCAUGAUACCAACAUGCCCAGUGGAGAGUCUCUGGUGAGGCAGUUCCUGUACGGUCAACGUUUCUUCGAGAGCCAUUUCGGAGAAAGAUGUACCACCUUCUGGCUACCAGACACCUUCGGUUAUUCUAGCCAGCUGCCACAGCUGUGCCGUCUCGCUGGCAUGAGCCGGUUCUUUACGCAGAAGCUCAGCUGGAACAACAUCAACAACUUCCCUCACACGACGUUCAACUGGGUUUCUCUCGAUGGUAGCCAGGUUCUGUGCCACAUGGCUCCGUCCGAGACAUACACUGCUAGUGCUCACUUUGGUGAUGUCAAGCGCAGUGUUACUCAGCACAAGUCUAUGGACCAAGAUAACACAUCGCUGCUCGUCUUCGGAAAGGGAGACGGUGGUGGUGGCCCUACCUUUGAGCAUAUCGAGAAGUUGCGUCGAUGCCGCGGCCUAAGUGACAAGAUUGGUUUGCUGCCGCGAGUUAAGUUGGGAGACUCGGUCGACGACUUCUUCGCCAGGCUGGAAAAGAAAGCUGCGGCAGGUACAGACUUUGUGACCUGGUACGGGGAGCUCUAUUUCGAACUUCACCGUGGUACAUACACGACUCAGGCAAACAACAAGAGAAACAACCGCAAAUCAGAGUUCCUGCUGCGCGAGUUGGAACUUCUGGCCACGCUAGCAUCCCUCGCCAAUACGGAGAGUGACUACAAAUAUCCGAAGGAGAAGUUUGAUGACAUGUGGGAGGGUGUCCUCCUCUGUCAGUUCCACGACUGCUUGCCAGGAAGCUCGAUUGAGAUGUGCUACGAUGACUCGAACGAACUAUAUGAGAAGAUUUUCAAGACAGGGGCGCAGGUCAAGCAGGAAGCCCUCAAGGCUCUUGGGUUUGAUGGCCAGAAGGGCAAACAACAGCUGGCCGCGAUAAACACGCUUCCUUGGCCUCGUUCCGAGAUUUGCAAGGUCCCGGGAGUCUCCUCAACGCGGCAGGAACAGCAAUACGUCGUUGUCAGCGGUGAUACCGGUGUGAUCCACGCACAGCCCCCGCGGAUCUCGAAGUCAGAAUCUGUGUCCGUAUCGGAGAUCAAGCCCGGUGUCUUCCGUAUGGCCAACAGUAAGCUCAAGGUUGACAUCCAAGAUGGUGUGAUCACCUCCCUCUUUGAUAUUCAAGAGCAGCGUGAAGUCAUUGCCAAGGGUGGUAAGGCUGGACAGUUUGUCAUCUUUGAUGACAAGCCUCUCUACUGGCAAGCCUGGGACGUUGAAGUCUUCCACCUUGAGUCUCGAAAGGAAUUGUCUUCGACCCAAACCGAGAUCCUCGAGGAAGGGCCCCUCCGUGCCAGCAUCGUCACCAAGACCAAGAUUAGUGAUGCGAGCUGGAUGAAGACAACUAUCAGUCUUUCAGCCAGCCUCGACGACACGCCAGCUUACGUCGAGUUUGAGAGUGAAGUUGAGUGGCAUGAAACGAUGAAGUUCCUCAAGGUCGAAUUCCCGGUAGAUAUCAAGAACACGGAAGCGUCGUAUGAGACUCAGUACGGUAUAGUGAGACGUCCCACGCACUACAACACUAGCUGGGAUAUGGCCAAGUUUGAAGUCUGCUGCCAUAAAUGGGCAGAUCUCUCCGAAUACGGCUACGGUGUUUCUGUUUUGAACGACUCCAAGUAUGGCUUCGCAACCUGUGGAAACCUGAUGCGUCUGUCUCUUCUACGAGCACCCAAGGCCCCCGAUGCUCAUGCCGACAUGGGCCAUCAUGUUAUCCGCUUCGCCAUCCUGCCACAUUCCGGCCCUCUAGACCACCGCACCGUCCGUGCGGGAUACAACUUCAACCACCCCCUUGCCGUCGAGUCUACAUACGGUCAGGACAUUGGUAUCUUCAAGUCCGUCUCCCUCACGGGAUCGAAGGCACUUAUUCUCGACACCAUCAAGCGUGGUGAAGACGACGAUGACGUCUCCCGCGGCGAAUUCCCCAGACGCACCGGCAAGAGCAUCAUCCUUCGCAUCUACGAGUCUCUUGGUGGAAAGGCGCGUGGCACCAUCCAGACUAAAUACCCCGUCAAGAAGAUCCACAAGUGCAACCUUCUAGAAGACGAUCAAGAAGAGUUGGAGAUCUAUGAGUCGGAGAAGGGAACCCUCAGUGCUGAUAUCGAGCUGAGGGCUUUCGAGGUCGCCACCUAUAGGCUUCAGCUGUAGAGCACUCUUCCCAUGAAAGUGGACCACCAUCGACGCUGUCAGGACUUGAAAUGCAGACCGUUGUCAAGGAUCCGUCAGUUAUCUGAUCCGACAUGGUCUGAAUCUGUACAGGAUUCAAUGAAGACACAACCGGAGUUUUGGUACUACAGUACAUGAAGGAAUAUCGGUUCCUAUCGCUAUAAAUAACAGCAAAGUAUCUCUGUUUUGAGGAGUUAAUAGUAAAAUGUAGUCUAGCUGAAAUAAAAUGGAAUAAAAUAUAUAUAAAAAGGC